AUGGAUACUCUGACACGCCAUAUUCAAGGGGAGGUGCCAUGGUGUAUGUUAUUUGAUGACAACAUUGUUCCGAUUGAUGAGAUGCGAGAUGGCAUCAAUGAGCGGCUGGAGGUUUGGAGACGGAAUAAGACGGAAUACCUAGAGUGCAAGUUAAGCAUCGAGCCAACGAUAGCAGGAUUGGACGUUAGGCUUGGAUCACAUGUCAUCCCUAAGAGGGGCAGUUUCAAGUACCUUGGGUCAGUUAUUCAGGGUGGUGGAGAGAUCGAUGAGGAUAUCACUCACCAUAUAGGGGUAGGGUGGAUGAAGCGGAGGUUGGCGUCUGGAGUUCUAUGUGAUAAGAAAGUACCAUCGAUACUCAAAGGUAGUAAUCUUUCUUAG